GCCAGCCUAGGCUGCCACCUGCAGGUCACUUGGGUUCCAGCAUGUGGCUUCCUCUGCUCCUGGGUGCCCUGCUCUGGGGACUGCUGUGGUUGCUCCGGGACCGGCAGAACCUGCCCCCCAGUGAUGCCUUUGUCUUCAUCACCGGCUGUGACUCAGGCUUCGGGCGGCUUCUAGCACUACGACUGGACCAGCAGGGCUUCCGCGUCCUUGCCAGCUGUCUGACCCCCUCAGGGGCUGAGGACCUACAACAGGUGGCCUCCUCCCGGCUCCACACUGUCCUGCUGGAUGUCACUGAUCCCCAGAGUGUCCAAUGGGCAGCCAAGUGGGUGGAGACACAGGUUGGGGAAGCAGGUCUUUUUGGUCUGGUGAAUAAUGCUGGUGUGGCUGGUAUCAUCGGGCCCACACCGUGGCUGACAAGGGAUGAUUUCCACCGGGUGCUGAAUGUGAACACCCUGGGUCCUAUUGGGGUCACCCUUGCCCUGCUGCCCCUGUUGCAACAGGCCCAUGGCCGAGUAGUCAACAUCACCAGUGUCCUGGGUCGCCUGGCAGCCAAUGGUGGUGGCUACUGUGUCUCCAAGUUUGGCCUGGAGGCUUUCUCUGACAGCCUGAGGCGGGAUAUGGCUCCUUUUGGUGUAAGGGUCUCCAUCGUGGAGCCUGGCUUCUUCCGAACACCUGUGACCAACCUGGAGAGUUUGGAGGACACCCUGCAGGCCUGCUGGGACCGGUUACCUUCUGCCACAAAGGCCCAGUAUGGAGAGGCCUUCCUCACUAAAUACCUGAAAGUGCAGCAACGUAUCAUGAACCUCCUCUGUGACCCGGACCUGACGAAGGUGAGCAGUUGCCUGGAGCAUGCCCUGACUGCCCGUCACCCUCGAACACGCUACAGUCCAGGCUGGGACGCCAAGCUGCUCUGGCUGCCGGCCUCCUACCUGCCAGCCAGCCUGGUGGAUGCUGUGCUCACCUGGGUCCUUCCCAAGCCUGCCCAGGCUGUCUACCGAACGUAGCCUUCCAGCAAGCGAUUACUCUGCAUGAACCAGAACUCCAUCCAGAUUAUUUCUGCCUUUGUCCUGGAACUGCCUGGUGCCUGGCACAAAGUAGGCACUUGAUAAAUGUGUAUUGUUUUAAAAAAAAAAAAAAAAAAAAAAACCGUAAGUGGGCAGAAUGAAAGACUGACGCCAUUUAACUGC